CCAAAGCCAACGACCGAAGGUGACCGGCACAACACAAACAUGUCACCACACACGAUUGGAACCAUGCACGCCGUCGUGCACCACCACCCUCGCCACCACCUUCUGCCGCCUCGCCGCUGCUCUCACCGCCGCCGCGGCGUCUGCGACGUCCGCGCGGCGGCCGCCACCCCCACCGCCACCUCCGCCGCCGCGGCGACGGUGACGCCGGACUCGCCGUCCGCGGCCUUCUGGGACUACAACCUCCUCUUCCGGUCGCAGCGCGCCGAGUGCCCCGAUCCCGUGCUGCUCCGCGUCACCGAGGGCGCGAUCCCGCCGGACUUCCCCGCGGGAACCUACUACCUCGCGGGGCCUGGGAUGUUCUCCGAUGACCAUGGCUCCACCGUCCACCCCCUCGACGGACACGGCUACCUCCGCUCCUUCCGUUUCGGCCCCAACCACACCGUGCACUACACCGCACGGUACGUGGAGACGGCGGCGAAGCGGGAGGAGCAUGUGGACGACGCGUCGUGGAGGUUCACGCACCGGGGCCCCUUCUCAGUGCUGCAGGGCGGGAGCAGGGUGGGCAACAUGAAGGUGAUGAAGAACGUGGCCAACACCAGCGUGCUGCAGUGGGGCGGCCGCGUGCUCUGCCUCUGGGAGGGCGGCGAGCCGUACGAGCUCGACCCGCGAACGCUGGAGCCAGUCGGCCCGUUCGACCUGCUCGGCCUCUGCGGCGGCGCCGGCGAUGCGGCACGGGACAACAGCGAGGCAGCUGCGCAUCAUCGGCGCCGGCGGCCGUGGCUGCAGGAGGCCGGGAUCGACGUGGCCGAGCGCCUGCUGCGUCCGGUCCUUAGUGGUGUGUUCAGUAUGCCGGCCAAGAGGCUGCUGGCGCACUACAAGAUCGACCCGCGGAGGAACCGGCUGCUGAUGAUUGCCUGCAACGCCGAGGACAUGCUCCUCCCGCGCUCCAACUUCACUUUCUGCGAGUUCGACGCCGAUUUCGCGCUGGUGCAGAAGCGGGAGUUCGUCCUGCCGGACCACCUGAUGAUCCACGACUGGACGUUCACGGACAGCCACUACGUCAUCCUCGGCAACCGAAUCAAGCUCGACAUUCCCGGGUCGCUGCUGGCGCUGACGGGCACUCACCCGAUGAUAGCGGCCCUCGCCGUGGACCCGAGCCAGCAGUCGACGCCGGUCUACCUGCUGCCGCGCUCCCCGGUGGCCGAGGCGAGCGGCCGCGACUGGAGCGUGCCGGUCGAGGCGCCGUCGCAGAUAUGGUCCAUGCACGUCGCUAACGCCUUCGAGGAGAGGAACGCUCAGGGCGGCGUCAACAUACAGCUGCAAAUGUCAGGCUGCUCCUACCAGUGGUUCAACUUCCACAGAAUGUUUGGUUACGAUUGGCUGAACAAAAAGCUGGACCCGUCGUUCAUGAAUAUAGCUAAGGGCAGGGAAUUGCUGCCUCGCCUUGUUCAGGUCUCAAUGGACCUUGACAAGAAAGGGGCGUGCCGGGGAUGCUCCGUCAGGAGACUGUCCGAUCAGUGCAACAAGCCGGCAGACUUCCCGACGAUCAACCCAAACUUCGCCAACCGGAGGAACCGGUUCGUCUACAGCGGCGCUGCCUCCGGUUCGCGGAGAUUCCUCCCACAUUUCCCCUUCGACAGCGUGGUGAAGGUUGAUGUCUCCGAUGGAUCAGCACGGUGGUGGUCCACGGUGGGGCGCACGUUCAUCGGGGAGCCGGUUUUCAUCCCAACCGGCGGUAGAGAAGAUGAUGGCUAUGUUCUACUUGUAGAGUAUGCAGUAUCUGAUCACAGAUGCCAUCUGGUGGUGCUGGGUGCAAGGAAGAUCGGGGAAAGGAAUGCACUUGUGGCAAAACUUGAGGUGCCCACGCACCUCACCUUCCCAAUGGGAUUCCAUGGGUUCUGGGCAGCAGAUCAAUGACAGUACAAGCAUCCAAUCUAACCCGACUGAGACCAAAGGCAGUUCAAACAAAUAUAGGGUAUCAUGUAAAAGUCUGUCCAAGUGUUAGUAAGAAUGAAAAAUGUAAAGCUCGGUCCUUUUCUUAUACAACAAGGAUUCAUAGCACUUGUUGAA